UCGGACAAAAUAAGUUUUGCGCCCCCCCCUUCCUCCUCCUCCUCCUCAAAACACAAAAGCGGAAUUCGGCCGCCCUCCGGACGAGAUGAAUGGCUCAAUGUAUUCUACGAGCAACGUCGUGGACAUCAAACUCAAGAGGGGACCGGCAGGCCUGGGCUUCAACAUUGUGGGCGGGUUGGACCAGCAGUAUGUUCUGAAUGACAGCGGCAUCUAUGUGUCCAAAAUCAAAGAGGACGGGGCGGCAGCGCUGGACGGACGCCUGAGAGAAGGGGACAAGAUAGUAGCGAUAAACGGAAUCAAGCUCGAGGGUCUCACGCAUAACGCAGCCGUGGAGUUAUUCCGCACCGCAGGGGAGGACGUGGAGCUCCACGUACAGCAGAAGUCCUCGUCACACAUGAACGGACCCAGCGGCGGCAGCUCACAGCCCAAGUCCGACUCUCACGUCUCCCUGGGAGUGCUGGUCGCCGCGGUGGGAGCGGCCGCGGCCGUGGCCUUCCUGUACAUGCGGAUUCAGCCAUACUUUAGGAAGCACUUUUAAUCACACUGACUCUGUCUCUGUUCACAUUUCAAGACCAAAAAAAACAAAAAACAAAAAAACAAA